UGCCCAGUUCAUUCAGCCACCCCGGUCUAGAAAUCCCCCUUGUUUUUUUAAAAAAAAGAGUUUCUUUUGACAAACCUUGAAAUUCUUCAACGAUUCUCCGGCUACAUGAUAUCAUGGCUGCCGACCUCGCUGACGCUAAAGCCCACCUCAAAGAGCAUGGGUGGUGCAAGGUCAAGUCGGUCCUCAGCACGGACCAGGCAGCUACCGUGCUAGACAGGCUCUGGAAGGCGAAGGAGGAGGCGGAGAAGCGCGGGGAGGACACAUACCUCCCAUUCCUCGACCCCAAUGCGAGCAACAUCCGGGUCUUCUACCUACUGGAGUUGGACAAGGCGUUCCGCGACCUGAUCGCGAAUCCAACAGCAAUCGAAAUGGUCAAGUCGGUGCUGGGCGACAACUUCCUGAUCUCCAACUUCACGGCCAACAUUGCCCGCCCCGGGUCCAAAAGCAUGGCGUUGCACUCGGACCAGAGCAUUGUCUUCCCGGACCCGUGGCGGGACGUGUGGGCGCUCAACGUGAUAUGGUGCCUGACAGAUGUGUACAAGGAGAACGGGGCGACCCAGUACAUCCCGGGCUCGAACAAGUAUAUCUACCGCAAGGACGUGCCCGCCAACGCGCCGAAGCUGCUAGUCCCGUUCGAGGCCGAGGCCGGCGACAUCCUCGUCAUGGACGGCCGCGUUUGGCACACCAGCGGCUCCAACAUCACCGAAGACAAUGACCGCGCCCUGCUAUUCGGUUACUACACCGCCCCCUUCAUGCGCCAGCAGGUCAACUGGACCGCUAAAAUGCCCAAGGAGAUUCAGGACACCCUGGGCCCGGAUAUGAAGGAGUGGCUAGGCCUCAAUCCGGUAGGCAACAUCGGCCUGACCGGCGACCUGAGAUACCUGUCGCAGCAGUAUCCAGAGGAGAAGGACGCCGCUGUCACUGCAUAGGCGUAUGUACGUGGGGUUUCGUGUACGUAGCUGCUGCAGGAGGACGUGCGGGAGGAUUUCUUGACAGAGUAAUCCGUACGGAUUGCAUCUGUAUGCAUGCCUAGACGUCGGAGGCUCGAACUAACCAAUGAGGUCGUGAAGUGUCACCGAAGAAAUCGAGAGGCAGCUUCGGGCACCAAUCCCGCUUCGAUAGGAAGAAUAGAAGCGAAAACAAAUCACUUGCCCAUAGCAACACUGAAUAUCAAACUCUGGCCUCAUCUUUGUCACCAUGACUGGGAACAAGGCUAUUGGGAACAGCCCCGCA